CAGCGCCCUCCGCCCGCCACCCUGGACCCCGGUGUCUGGCUUCCCCCGAGCCGGGACCCCGCGAUGGCCAAGCGCAGCUCGCUGUACAUCCGCAUCGUGGAGGGGAAGAACCUGCCCGCCAAGGACAUGUGAGAGCGGCCGGGGAGGGAGCCUCAACUUUCCGGGGAGGGGCACUGCCCCUCAGGACGCCUGACCUUUCCGGGGUCCACCCACAAAAGCAGCGGAGAGGCACCGGCAGCAGCGACCCCUACUGCAUCGUGAAGGUGGACAAUGAGCCCAUCAUCAGGACAGCCACCGUGUGGAAGACCCUGUGCCCCUUCUGGGGUGAGGAGUACCAAGUGCACCUGCCGCCCACCUUCCAUGCUGUGGCUUUCUACGUCAUGGAUGAGGAUGCCCUCAGCCGGGACGACGUUAUCGGAAAGGUCUGCCUUACAAGGGACACCCUAGCCUCUCACCCUAAGGGUUUCAGUGGGUGGGCCCACCUGACGGAGGUCGACCCCGAUGAGGAGGUGCAGGGCGAGAUCCACCUGCGGCUGGAAGUGCGGCCAGGGGCCCGGGCCUGCCGGCUACGCUGCUCUGUGCUGGAGGCCAGGGAUCUGGCCCCAAAGGACCGCAAUGGCGCAUCUGACCCCUUCGUUCGAGUGCGCUACAAGGGCCGGACACAGGAGACCUCGAUCGUGAAGAAGUCAUGCUACCCACGCUGGAAUGAGACGUUUGAAUUUGAGCUGGAGGAGGGGGCCACAGAGGCGCUGUGCGUGGAGGCCUGGGACUGGGACCUUGUCAGCCGAAACGACUUCUUGGGCAAAGUGGUGAUCGAUGUCCAGAGACUGCGGGUGGCCCAGCAGGAGGAGGGCUGGUUCCGGCUGCAGCCCGACCAGUCCAAGAGCCGGCGGCAUGACGAGGGCAACCUGGGCUCCUUGCAGCUGGAGGUGCGGCUGCGGGACGAGACGGUGCUGCCCUCCAGCUACUACCAGCCGCUGGUACACCUGCUGUGCCACGAGGUCAAGCUGGGCAUGCAGGGCCCAGGGCAGCUGAUCCCACUCAUCGAGGAGACAACCAGCACCGAGUGUCGCCAGGACUUGGCCACGAACCUGCUCAAGCUCUUCCUGGGGCAGGGGCUGGCCAAGGACUUCCUGGACCUGCUCUUCCAGCUGGAGCUGAGUCGCACCAGUGAGACCAGCACCCUGUUCCGGAGCAACUCUCUGGCCUCAAAGUCCAUGGAGUCUUUUCUGAAGGUGGCCGGGAUGCAGUACCUGCACGGUGUCCUGGGCCCCAUCAUCAACAAGGUGUUUGAAGAGAAGAAGUACGUGGAGCUGGACCCCAGCAAAGUGGAAGUUAAGGAUGUAGGGUGCUCCGGGCUGCACCGCCCGCAGACCGAGGCCGAGGUGCUGGAGCAGAGCGCGCAGACGCUGCGCGCCCACCUGGGGGCGCUGCUGAGCGCGCUCAGCCGCUCGGUUCGCGCGUGCCCCGCCGUGGUGCGCGCCACCUUCCGCCAGCUCUUCCGACGCGUGCGCGAGCGCUUCCCCGGCGCCCAGCACGAGAAUGUACCUUUCAUCGCCGUCACCAGCUUCCUGUGCCUGCGCUUCUUCUCUCCCGCCAUCAUGUCGCCCAAGCUCUUCCACCUACGGGAGCGCCACGCGGACUCCCGCACCAGCCGCACCCUGCUCCUGCUGGCCAAGGCAGUCCAGAACGUGGGCAACAUGGACACGCCGGCUUCCAGGGCCAAGGAGGCUUGGAUGGAGCCGCUGCAGCCCACCGUGCGCCAGGGCGUGGCGCAGCUGAAAGACUUCAUCACCAAGCUCGUGGACAUCGAGGAGAAGGAUGAGCUGGACCUGCAGCGGACGCUGAGUUUGCAGGCGCCACCUGUGAAGGAGGGGCCACUCUUCAUCCACAGGACCAAGGGCAAGGGCCCCCUCAUGUCCUCCUCCUUCAAGAAGCUCUACUUCUCCCUCACUACCGAGGCCCUCAGCUUCGCCAAGACGCCCAGCUCCAAGAAAAGCGCCCUCAUCAAGUUAGCCAACAUCCGGGCAGCGGAAAAGGUGGAGGAAAAGAGCUUUGGCAGCUCGCAUGUCAUGCAGGUCAUCUACACGGACGACGCCGGCAGGCCCCAGACUGCCUACCUGCAGUGCAAGUGUGUGAAUGAGCUGAACCAGUGGCUGUCUGCGCUGCUGAAGGUGAGCAUCAACAACACCGGCCUGCUGGGCUCCUACCACCCUGGCGUCUUCCGUGGGGACAAGUGGAGCUGCUGCCACCAAAAAGAGAAGACAGGUCAGGGCUGCGAUAAGACCCGGUCACGGGUAACCCUGCAGGAGUGGAACGACCCUCUUGACCAUGACCUUGAGGCCCAGCUCAUCUACCGGCACCUGCUGGGCAUGGAGGCCUUGCUGCGGGAGAGGCCCCGGGAGCUGAGCAGGGGCGCAGAGGCAGGCACGGUGCCCGCAAGCCCUGGCAAAGCCCCCGAGGACUCACUGGCCCGGCUGCUCCAGGUGCUGCAGGACCUCCGGGAGGCCCAUAGCUCCAGCCCGGCCGGCUCCCCACCCUCAGAGCCCAGCUGCUUCCUGGAGCUGCAGACGUGAGGACUGCCCUGCGCUCCCCUUGCCGAGUCCCCUGCCAAGCGCUCGGAGCCCCCCCCCCAGGACGCUGUGCACCCCCUCACCCCGUCCUCCUCAUUAGGGUGCAGGGCCUAGGUCUCUUCCAAGUGGGGGAGGGGGGAGAGUCAGGAAUAAGGAGAUCCCCAGAAGUGCAGAGCUGAGCAGGCUUGGGCCUGUCAUGGCUGGCCUGAAGUGUCCCCGGCUCCCUACAGCCGCUGCAGUGUCACUGCCUCUCCAGGGACCCUCCUCUCCUGCUUAGGACAGACCCAGCCAGAACCACCACUAGGACUGGCCACACCCAAUGGUCUGGCCUCCAGGGACCUAGAGAAUGGAGGGAGAAUGGGGCCCCAGGAGACCCGGCUGCCACCCCACCCACUACCCUUGGGUGCCACAGGGCUGUGCUGUUGCCAACAGUAAACCUGCUGUUACUGUCCAG